CGGAAGAUAUAUGUCAAUAUGCCUCUGCCAGCAAACGAAUACGAUGAUAAGGGCAAACUUAUCAAAGGAAACUAUGUUUCAAACCGGAUUCAAACUGCCAAAUAUACACCCUUGACUUUUGUCCCCAAGAACUUGUUUGAACAGUUUCGCAACGUCGCCAACCUUUAUUUCUUGUUUAUUGUCGUACUACAAUGUAUUCCCCUCUUUGGCGUCACCGAGCCUGCCGUGUCAGCACUUCCUCUCAUUGCAAUUCUAGUCAUUACCGGAAUCAAAGACGCGGUCGAGGAUUGGAAGCGCAAUCAAAGUGACGACAAAGUUAAUAAGUCCAAAGUCUUCACCCUUCACCAUUGGACAAAUACGAAUAUACCUAGAGUCGAAAAAGGACCCUGGCACUGGCUUCACAUUAUCCUGGGCUUCUUUUCAUCUCUUGCAGGCAUAGAAAACAAUUUUGCACAUACAUAUCGAUCUAUCAAAGACAGACCUGUUGUAUUACCUCGGCUCGAUAGCGAUUAUCGCACUUUGUCUCAUCGUACUGCCGUAACAGCGACUGGGAAUAAAUUGCUUGGCACAGUAAAGCAAAAGUCUGGAACUCUUCGUUCUGAGCUUACUAAUAUCUUUACUCCUUCUGAGCGUCAUAUGCCCUACAGACCGGGUUCAAUUCCACAUUCGGUAUUGUACCGAAAGCCAACAAACCAAACGAGUCAGACAGACCGGCGACCUUCAACAAUUCACCCGGGUGGAGAACCAUGUGCAGACCGGAUGGCAGGUGAGCCGGAAGCACCCAAUUGCAAGGUUUGUUGGCAAAUGGUCCAGUGGCAAGACCUUAAUGUGGGCGACUAUGUAAUGAUCCGUAAUGACGACAAUAUUCCUGCCGACAUUGCUAUACUGUCUACGUCAGAAGUGGACAAUUUGUGCUAUGUUGAAACACAGAAUCUUGAUGGUGAAACCAACCUCAAGGUACGCCAAGGUUUGCAGGCCACAAGUGGAUUAAGGAACGUCCAUGACUGUGAGAGAGCUAGAUUUUAUAUCGAGACAGAACCUCCACAUGCCAACAUAUAUCAGUUUAAUGGUGUUGUACGUUGGAAUAUCGAACAGCCAGAUGAUAAUCAAUCUACAGUAUCCCAUCAAAAGACUGAAGCAGUUACCUAUAAUAAUUUACUCCUCAGAGGAUGUGUUUUGCGCAACACACGCUGGGCAAUUGGAAUUGUUGUCUACACGGGAGUUGAGACCAAGAUAAUGUUAAAUUCUGGAAAGACCCCGUCAAAAAGAAGUAAAAUAGCCAAAGCGACAAAUCCUCAUGUUAUUGCUAAUUUCGUUAUCCUGGCCAUUAUCAGUAUCGUAAGCUCUAUAAUGGCUAGUGUACAAUUCAACGACACAGGAUCAUCUAGAUUCUUUGAUUUUAAUAUUGAAGGAAGCAAUCCUACCUACGCUGGAUUCCUCACAUUCUGGGUAACUUUGAUUCUAUACCAAAAUAUUGUCCCAAUUUCACUUUACGUCUCGGUUGAAAUUGUCAAGACAUUCGCUGCUUACUUUAUCUUCUCGGAUAUUGACAUGUACUACGAAGAAACAGAUACUCCUUGUGUUCCUAGAUCGUGGAAUAUAUCUGACGAUCUCGGCCAAAUUGAAUACAUCUUCUCAGACAAAACCGGCACUCUAACACAAAAUGUAAUGGAAUUUCGAAAAUGUACAAUCAAUGGGGUAUCAUACGGAAUGGGUGAAACUGAGGCCAUGCGUGGAGCCCGUAAACGUGAGGCUGGUGUUAGUGAAGAUAAUCACGAGGAAACUGGUCCUGAGCAAGAAAAUAACGAACUUGAUCAAGCCCGCAAGACAAUGUAUGAAAAACAGGCCAGCAUGUUUACCAACAAAUACAUUGGACCCAACCCGACCUUUGUGGACCCAAAUUUGUUUGACGAUAUUGCCAAAGAUGAUCUACAGUCUACAGCACUUAUUCAUUUCUUCUUGACGCUUGGACUUUGUCACACUGUUAUGGCAGAAAAAACCGAAGAUGACAAUAUAGAGUACAAAGCUCAGUCUCCUGAUGAGGCUGCUCUUGUAGGCACUGCUCGCGAUCUAGGAUUCGUAUUUUUGGGACGAGAAUCUAAUAUCCUUAGCAUUGAUGUUAUGGGUGAACUCCAAACAUUCGAAUUGCUAAAUGUAUUGGAAUUCAAUUCGACUCGUAAACGAAUGAGUGUAAUUUUACGACCGACGGACAGUGACAAGAUUGUACUACUGUGCAAAGGUGCAGAUUCGGUUAUCAUCGAACGCUUAUGCACAGACUUUGGUGAUCAGAACGACCUUAAAGAAAGUCAAGAAAAUGUCAAAGAAGCUACUUUACAGCACUUGGAAGAAUUUGCAAAUGAAGGUCUAAGAACACUAUGCUUGUCAUAUAGAUUCAUCUCAACAGAAGAAUAUAAGCCCUGGAAUCGCCGUUUUCAAGAAGCAAGCUCCAGUAUUAACAAUCGCGAAGAAAGGAUGGAAGAAGCAAGUGAAGAGAUUGAGUGUAAUAUGCUGCUUAUGGGAGGUACUGCAAUUGAAGACCGUCUUCAGGAAGGUGUACCCGACACAAUUGCAGAGCUAGCCAAGUCUGGGAUAAAGCUCUGGGUUCUUACUGGUGACAAAACAGAGACAGCGAUCAAUAUUGGGUUCGCUUGUAACUUGGUAACAAAUGAUAUGGACCUUAUAAUUCUCAAGGCCACUAAUCGAGAAGACACCAAAAAACAACUCGAAGACGCACUUGUUUCUACUGACAAGGAUUCGGACGUCAAACGAGCACUUGUGAUUGAUGGCAUAACUCUAAAGUAUGCGCUUGAACCCGAAGCAAAAGAAUCUAUGCUUGAUCUCGGGAUGCGUUGUGCAAGUGUACUCUGCUGUCGUGUCAGUCCUAAGCAAAAAGCUGAAGUAGUUAUGCUGGUUAAAAAAGGAUUAAAAGUGAUGACAUUAGCUAUUGGUGACGGUGCCAACGAUGUGUCGAUGAUCCAGGCCGCUAAUAUAGGGGUUGGUAUCAGUGGCGUUGAAGGUAGACAGGCAGUUAUGGCUUCAGAUUAUGCUAUUGCCCAGUUCAGAUAUCUUCAGAAAUUAUUGUUGGUUCAUGGUCGAUGGUCCUAUUUACGCACGGCAGAGAUGAUUAUGGGAUUCUUUUUCAAGAAUAUUGUGUGGACAUUUGUGCUGUUUUGGUACCAAAUAUUCUGUCAAUUUAAUGGUACUAUAUUAUUUGAUUACGCCUUAGUUACCCUCUACAACCUUAUAUUUACAUCGCUUCCAAUCAUUUUCUUGGGUAUAUGGGAUCAAGAUUUAUCUGCCAAGAUCUCGUUAGCUUACCCUGAGCUUUAUCGAAUGGGCCUACGAAACGACAAGUUUAAGGUGUGGCGAUUUUGGCUGACAAUUUUUGAUUCAAUAUUUCAAUCUGCCGUUUGUUUCUUCUUUCCGUACAUGCUUUUGUUGGGUGGUUCGAUUGAUCCAACAGGCCGAGAUCACAAUGGAGUUUAUGAGCUUGGAACCAUCAUUUCUAGCAUUGCUGUGAUUGUUGCCAACCUUUUUGUGGCAUUUUCACUAUACAGCUACACCUGGAUUCAAUUAGUCGGGAUAGCAGGCUCAAUUUGUGUGUAUUAUGUAUUUGUAGCCAUCUACGCUUUGUUCAACACUUUUAUUUUUGCCGGGCAGUCCAAUGUUUUUGGUACGGGAUUAUAUUGGCUCUCUCUGAUUCUUACGGUUGUUGCAUGUUUUUUACCGCGAGUGUCAGCCAAGCAUUAUCUACAUCAGUAUCAUCCAUACGAUAAUGAUAUUGUCCGUGAAGAUGUG